GGACGUCGGCGGACUGUGUGCCUGCGCUGAGGAGGGUGCGUGUCCCCAGUGUCCGCUCCGGUCGCCCGGUUAGGAAUGCGCCUCACGAAGCCGGUGUGUGCUGUAAUAAUUGAAGAAACAGCAGCGGGGACCGUGGUCUGAGAAGAGUCAUGGUUGGGCAAAGCUUACACCAACAGUAACGUAACGUGCAAGUUUGAUUCAUUGAGCUAGCUGGCGUUAGCCCGCUUCGUUGAUUCAUAGCACGCUAGGUCGUUAGCCUAGUCGGUAGCUUACCUGCUAGCCGGCUAGCUAGCUAGUAAGCUAGAUUCAGUGUGCUGCCGGCCAACCCAGUUUAACAGGAGAGAACCAGCCAGACCGCUGAACCCAGUCUUUAUUUCGGGAAGAGGGGGUGGUGGCAGGCGGGGGCUGGGAGAACGCGAAGGGGGUGGAAGUGAGUCAGGAGCGGCUGAUGAGUUCAGACCAGAGCGGAGAGCCGCCGCUGCUGCAGGAGGAGGCUGAUCCCGGACCGAAGACCGGUGGGAAGGACGAGGCUCUGCUGGGGAGCGAGGGAGGGUCAGGCGGCAUGGUCACCUCUAAGGGCGCCGGUUUGAACCCAAAUGCCAAGGUUUGGCAGGAGAUGCCUGUGGCCUCCAGUGAGGCAGUCACCAACAGUCCUCAUUGGCCACCCUCGGACAUUAGUGAAGGUUAUUCUGAGCCCUCGUCUGCUGGGUGCAAGCAGUACACUGUGGGAUUCACGGCCUUGGAUGACAGCAGCUCCACAGCAACAGCUGAGAUAGCAGUAAAUGGAAUGGACCCUCCGGAGUUGGGAUUUUCCCCUGCCGAGUCCACCACGGGGGCGUCAGUAGAUUCCAAAGCUGAAGAACAGCCUGUCUCAUCAGAGAAUCUACGAGAGUCUCUGAAGAAAGGGCUCGAAUUUUAUUUCUCCAGAGAGAACCUCUCCAAGGACCUGUACCUGAUGUCUCAGAUGGACAGUGACCAGUUUGUUCCUAUUUGGACUAUAGCCAGCAUGGAAGGCAUCAAGGUGCUCACUACUGACAUGGACCUCAUCCUUGAUGUGUUGAGAUCCUCUCCGAUGGUACAAGUAGACGAGAAAGGGGAGAAGGUGCGUCCCAAUCACAAACGGUGCAUUAUCAUCCUGAGGGAGGUCCCUGAAACAACACCUGUGGAGGAGGUGGAGUCACUUUUCAAAAAUGACAACUGUCCAAAGGUGAUAAGUGUUGAGUUUGCACACAACAACAACUGGUACAUCACAUUCCAAUCAGACACUGACGCUCAACAGGCCUACAAGUACUUAAGAGAGGAAGUAAAAACAUUUCAGGGAAAACCCAUUAUGGCCAGGAUAAAGGCCAUCAACACAUUCUUUGCAAAGAAUGGCUACCGUAGCAUGGACAGCAGCCUGUAUGCUCAGCAGUCCCAAAGCCAGUCCCAGUACAGCUCUCCUCUAUACAUGCAGCAUGUCUACCCUCAGCAGCAGUACCCGGUCUAUGGCAUCGUACCUCCCACCUGGACGCCUUCACCCACACCGUAUUUCGAAACUCCUCUGGCACCGUUUCCCAACAGUAGCUUUGUGAAUGGAUUUGGCUCUGCUGGACACUACAAAACUGGUUCCAACUCUCUUAAUAUCUCUCGCCCAUUCAACAGAAACCGUGUCCCCCUCUAUUCAAGAAAGAAUGUAAUAAAUGCCUUCAGAAACCAUGUGAAGCCCCAGGUGAGGACAGGCGAUGUGACCCCUGCGUCUAUAACUCCUGUCCCGUUGGAGAGUCUAACUGGAUUGCGCAGCCCUCAACCCCCCACUCCUGUUGCCACUGCUACCACUAACCCAGUCCAGACAGCCUCUGACCUAAGCUCAGCGUUCUCUCAUCUCUCCUCCUCUUCCUCCUCGUUGGACCCAAGUGACGACAGCAGCAUGGCUGGACGUGGAAGACGGAGCACAACAUACAGAGGAACACGGAGGAGGCGAGAAGAUGAACGGAUUGCGAGGCCUAUACCACUAGCAGAGGUCAAAGUUUCUCCUCCCAAAUUUGACUUGGCUGCUACCAAUUUCCCACCUCUUCCUGGCUGCGUGGUUAGCACACAGGGGGAGCCGGUGCUGGAAAACCGAAUGUCAGACGUUGUACGUGGUUUGUACAGGGACAAGACUGAACAGGCCAAUAAAGAAGCCACUGUGAGUCCUGCUUCAGGCCAAGCUCCAAGCACAGAGGAGGCUACCGCUGUCUCAAGUCCUACUCUGGCUGCUGUGAAAUCUGCGACACAACCACUUGGACCUCCUUCAACUGGAAUCAAUCGACAGGAGAGGAGGGUUGAACGUGCAGAGCCUCCAGCUCCAAAAGUGACUCCCCGCACGCCUGUUCAAACAGCUGUUAACCCAUCGUCCUCCUCAUCCUCCUCACAGCCUGCUUCCAGGCCUCAACCUUCUGCUGCCUCCACACCAGUGACACCGAGCACGCCGGCCCCUGCUCCAGCUGCUGUCUCCACACCUGCACAGGAACCUCGUAAGCUCAGCUAUGCUGAGGUCUGCCAACGGCCACCCAAGGACCCUCCCCCUGCUGCUCCUGCUCCAGCUCCUUCAAGCACCGCAUCAGGCCAGCCAUUGCGCGAACUGCGUGUAAACAAGGCAGAGGAGCAAGGCUCCAGCGGCGGGGACAAGCAAGAGAAAAGCCACGACAGGGAGGGAGGAUGGGAGUGCAAAGAAAGCCGGCCGCCACGUGAACGUGAACGUGACUCUCAAGGCUACUACCGCAGCAAUGGCCCCAGAGGAACAGGUGGCCUCAAGUUUCGGGACCAGAGGCGCCCACCUCCAGCCCGACGCAGCUCACCACAAGGAGGCUACCGGCACACUGGAAAAGAGCAAAAUAUCCCACCAGUAUCGCCAAAGUAAAAACUGAUGAUGAAUAGAAAAAAGAUGUAUGAAUAUAUACAUGGAUAUAUAUAAUUAUAUAAAAAUGAAUAACAUAAAAGCAACAACAUUAUGGUAGCCACCUCCCCCCCCCUGGAACUGUCAAAAGAAAAGCUUUUAAAAUGACAAAAAGAGCGGGACUUCCAGGACUAAUGGGCUAAAUGACACCUGAAGAAGAACUUUAAUGAGUGAUUUGAAAAGUAAUAUCUUGUUUUGGCCUCCAGCGUUAUGCUUAUAAGAAUUUAAGUAUGAUUUUUCUGGAGGUCAUCUCAUUUACGCUCUGCUAGGGAGAGGUGGGAUGCUGGGCCGCUUAAAUGGCCCUCUACCUUUUUUCUUUGAUUUUAAAGAAUAGAUGUCUGCAAGAACAAUAUGCACUAAGAAGAAAAGAACAUGCAUAUAUGUCAUGUACAUAUACAAAGACAUCACUAACACGCAAUGAGACAUCAGUUUUUUUUUCUUGUGUGCUUAGGUUUGCAAGUAUGACUGAAGGGUUGACUGAUGUCUGUGUAUGCAUUGAUUGUUAAGCAAAAUGAUUGAAGUGCUGCAGUGUGCUGUUGCACUGAUGUAAUGAAAUGGAUGAUUUAUUUGAUUUUUACAUCAGAGAUUCAGAAUCAUUGUCCUCAAACUGGACAGUGUGAUCUUCUAAUGUAUAAUAAUGAAUUGUGUUAUAUGGUGGUAUUUUGAUCCUGGUUCAUAAUUGGCUUAAAUUGUAUCAGUCAUAUCAGAAACUGUCAAUGUCCGCCGCAGUCAGAUGUGUGUUUUUGUUUAAAGCCGAGAUCCACUUUGGGGGUGCUUGCUGGCCUGAUAGGCACGGUGAACCUGCUAGCCUGGUCCAAAGUUUUUCAUGUUAAGUUCUUAUCUCUCUGAACGGAACACUCUGAUUCAGAUCAUUGUCAUGUUGAUAAUCAGUCCGGUUCUCUGUUUACAUGUUUGUUUGGGUGUUGGGUUUCUGUUUUCUGAGAGAGAUUAGGUUGAGAUGUGACUGUUAAGUGCGCCUGAGGGUUUAGGUGAGGUUUGGCUUUUCUACAUCAUCACAGGAUAUCCAGGUUAAGCUUAUAUCUGUGAAUUGUUCUUAACAAUGGCAUAGUGUCAAAAAUAGGCAGCAUGCUGUUAGCUAAAGACGAUAGCUAUAUAAUAUUUGGCAGCCAAGAUGUGGGUCUAAUGAAAAUUGGAACAUUUUCAAGUGCUAUGUGCCAGCUGCCUAUGGUCAUAGAGUGCUAGAAUAAAGACUGAUUUUUAUUGACGAGGUCUACUAAAUAAAGUAGUCUUGGGGAUACUUUUGGCCCAGUGAAACUGGAUUUUGAUAAAGCUGUAGAGGUGUAGUUGCCUAUGCUAUAUUGUAAUAACCCUUCACUAGAAUUGUGUGUGGGAGAAUGUAAAUGUUCUAGUACAGACAUUGCAGAAGGUUUUGACAGCAGGUAUCAACCAGAUUGUUUUGUGCUUUUAGGGUGAGUUUUCUGGUUUGUUAUUUUUUUCCUUUCAUUUUUUAAUUUUUUGAAAAAAGAAACAGGUUGACUUAGAAUUUGAAGUUUGACUCACUGUAUGUAUUGCUUUUUAAAUUUAUUUAUUUUAAUUCUGAUGCACAACGCUUUUCUCCCAAUCUUGGUAGGCUGGUUUCCCCAAAGUUGUGUGAAAUCGCAUUGGCAAAAUAAAAUCACGCAUAUUGACAUUUAUAUACUGUUCUGGAUGUCAGCUGAGCAAAAGAAAAAAAAAGACUUGAUGCAUUGACUUUGGGUUUAGUAAUACAGUAAACAAAUAACCAAUCACUGGGGUUGUUUUUCUUUUCAUUAAUGAGUAUGAGCAGCUAGUGGUUUAGUAUAAUUAAAUUAAAUGCACUAACUUGUUUUAAAAAGAAUCUUACUCAUGAGUAAUGUGAAAUCAUUGAGAAGCAUAUGGUUGAUGUUGACAGGCUUGCAAAUACCUAAAGGAAUUGCUCCCUUCUUCCAUAUGUUUGGGUUAUUUUCUGUUAAUUUGGGUUGGGGUGGCAAAAGGAAAUAUAGUAAUGGCUAAACCAAGUGUUUGAGACACAAUCCUAGAACUGUAUGAAAUGUCACCAAAAAUAAAUUAUUUUGAUUUGG